AUGGCCAAAAAGGCCUUGUAUUUCAGUGAUGAAAUUAGGGUUUCUCAGUGGGAAUGGGUGGUUAAGGAUGAUGGGAUUGCAUUUAAGAAGUCUCCGUUCAUAGUUCCGGUCACAGCUCCGUUCACAGCUCCGUUCACAGCUCCGUUCACAGCUCCAGUUCACAGCUUCAUGGACUUUCAGAUGCCAGAAGUCGAUUUCUCCAUGAACGUUGAGAUGCCGGAAGCCUCCAUGAACGUUGAGAUGCCAUCAUUCAGCCUGAACUUUGAAGGCCAAGAUGAAGCUUCUGUGUUAUUCUGGUGUUACUGUAGUGUUACUGUAGUGUUACUGCAUGUAGACUCCUUUGAGGCAACACAAGUUUACAAUGAUCCUAUCGCAGAGAAGUUUCUUAGUAGCAUUAUUCACAGUGAGGAAGAAGCAUAUGAAAGCUAUCGUGCCUAUGCACAUCAUGUGGGAUUCACUGUUCGGAAGGAUCAUACCACCUACUGGCCGAACUCCAAGAAGCUCAAGGUUAAAGAUUACAUUUGUGGAAAAGCUGGCUAUAAGAAAGAGCCUAACAACACAGUUAAGUUCAGAAAAGCGGACACAAGGACUGGCUGUAAGGCCAUGGUACGAUUUCAUGUUGAUUUCGAAGGUAAUUGGAAAGUGGCAAAAUUCAUUGAAAAUCAUAACCAUCCUUUGGCCGAAAGUGGUGAUAAGCAUCUUCUUCGUUCCAACAGAAGGAUAAGUGGGAUUAAUGCAGAUGUGUUGAGAUCCAUGACAGGAUCAGGCAUCAGAGCAACACACGCAUACAAUUUCAUUGCCACGGAAGUUGGUGGUGUGGAGAAUUUAGAGUGCACGAAGAGAGAUGCAUUUAAUUUUAUCCAGAGAGAAAGAAGAGAAAGAAUUGAACAGGGAGAUGUCAAUGCUUUAAUACAAUUGUUCAUGGAGAGGCAAUCUGGGGACAGCAUGUUUGCUUGGGAUUUCCAAACAGAUGAGUCUGGUAGGUUAACAAGCAUAUUUUGGAGUGAUGGAUUGUGCAGGUUGGAUUAUGACUGUUUCGGGGAUGUCAUAAUUUUUGAUACAAGCUACCGAUUAAAUAAAUAUAACUUAUGUUGCGCUCCAUUUGUGGGGGUUAACCACCACUGGCAGAACGUACUGUUUGGAGUUGGAUUUCUAUCUGACGAGACCACUGAAUCAUUCAUGUGGUUAUUCAAAUCAUUCAUUCGAAUAAUGGGAGACAAACAUCCCAUAACUAUCUUUACCGAUCAGGAUCAAGCAAUGGCAAGAGCCAUUGCAGAAUGCCUCCCACAGACACGUCAUAGAUUAUGUCAAUGGCAUAUCUACAAGAAACUACCUUCCAAAGUUCACUGUGGAGUGCGCACUAAGAGUGUGGCUGGUCUUUUCUAUAAAUGUUUGAGCAAGUGUGAUUCUGAGGAGGAGUUCGAAGAAACAUGGUCCUUAAUGAUUGAGUUUGGGGAACUUCAAAGCAAUGUUUGGUUAGAUGAAAUGUAUCGUAUAAGGCAUAAAUGGUCAACUGCAUUUAAUAAGGAUAUAUUCGGUAUGGGAAUUUUAUCAACACAGCGAAGUGAGUCGACCAACAAUGUUUGUCAUGGUGUUUCAAAGCCAACUAGCUCUCUCACAGAUUGUUUUAUCGGUCUUGAAAACAUUAUGAAAUCGUGGCGCAGGAGUGAGAAAGAUGAAGAUUUCAAAUGUGGUCAGUCCGUGAGGACACCCAUGGUUAAAAUCAAUCCCAUGCUGAGGCAAGCAUCCUCAUUCUAUACAAGGAAGCUUUACUCAAUGUUUGAACAAGAGCUCUUGAAUGGCUUAUGUGGGCUAACAUAUGAAGUAUCAGUGGAGAGCGAUGCUAAAUAUUAUGUAUCAAAAUUGGAUGAUGAGGGGACAAGGCAACCCUGGAAUGUGUUAGUUGACAAGAAAAAUAUUUCUUAUUGCGGUGGUCCAUCAAUGCUAAAAGGGACAUGUAUAACAGAUUCGGGUGCAAAGAGCUAA